GGACCCCAUUAAAUUUGUGAGGAGGAAAAUAAAAUUAUAAUCUACCAUCUAGAGAGAAAAUGUGUGUUGUCACUGAUUGCUCUGACCCUUCCUAUGAAGUCUGAACCUUUGUCAAACCGUGUAAAACCUUUCUAAAUUAAUCAAACAAAAAAUAACGGAAAAUAAUGCUACAUACUUUCCUUGUCUUUUCCUCAAACCAUUGCUUACCUCAAGUCUUCUCUUGCCAAAUAAUGUCUUCACUGCCAAACAACAACAUUCACAAUCACCUCUGCUUCUCUGUUUUAGAUUCUCUCCCCACUUUAGAACUUCUUUGAGAAUAACUUUUUUAUAGGAAUUUGAUUACAAAGAAGAAGAAAUAGAAUUGACAGUUGCAAUAGAAAGAGUUCAGUUUGAGUAGAAAAAUCAUUGCAUAAAUUGUUUUACCAUGGUAGGAUUGGAACUCAUACCAAUAGGCACAAUUUUAACUGUGGUAACAAACCAAGUCUUGAGAACAGCCCAUGCUGCAGCUGAUGUUCUUAUCGGUAAAGAGAGUUUCAAGGCGCUUUCGAAAUAUCUAUUUGAUAUUGAGCCAGUUCUAAAGGAAUUACAGCUUCAAGAAUUGAAUGAUUCUCAACCUGCAAGAAUUGCUCUUGAGUCUAUUGAAGCAGAUGUUAAAAGAGCAAAUAAUUUGGUUGAGAAGUACAAGAACCGUGGCCGAUUUUACUUGCUAGUUAAGUGUCGAUCGAUAGUUGAAGAAGUUGAACAAGUUACAAGGGAUAUUGGAAAGUCUCUUGCUGCACUGUCUAUUGCAAAUACCGAAGUGCUAUCGAGAAUUUCUGAUCAGGUUGAUAGACUACAAGAUGAGAUGCAAAGGGUUGAGUUUGAGGCUUCGCAAUCUCAGCUUGAAAUUGUUGAUAAGUUGAACCAAGGACUAAGAGAUCAGAACCAUGAUCAGGCUUUCGCGAACGAUAUGCUUGAGUUGAUAGCAAGGGCGGUUGGAGUGCCGGUGGAACCGUCCGAGAUAGGAAAAGAGUUGGCCAGCAUUAGGAAGGAAAAAGAAGAAGCUGCCAAUAACAAAGAAAGAGCCGAAUUUUAUUUCUUGGAGCAGAUCAUUAAAUUACUCUCUAGAGCCGAUGCAGCAAGGGAUUACGAAGAAGUCAAGAAUCAAUACUUUGAAAGAGUUCAGGUGAUAGAGAGAUAUGAUUCAAGAGAAAAAUAUAUCCUACCGCUUAAAUCUUUCCUUUGCUGCAUAACCGGAGCUGUUAUGGUUGAUCCUGUUAGCCUCUCCACAGGUACUACAUGUGAGAGAUCAGCUAUUGAAGGUUGGUUUUACGAUGGAAACAGUACAGAUCCAGAUACAAAUGAGGUUCUUGAAGAUCUUAGUUUGAGGUCUAAUAUUCCACUAAGACAAUCAAUCGAAGAGUGGCGAGAACUUAAUUAUUGUCUUCUGAUAAGGUCUAUCAGGGAAAAUUUGUUGUUAAAUUCUAAUCUACAAGAGUCCCUAAGCCAAAUGCAGGCUCUAAUAGCUGAGAAUUCAAUUAACAAAGACUGGAUCUCUAUCGGAGAGCUUACUGAUAUCGUUAUAUCGAUCCUCGGGAACUCUAAUGACAGAGAAGUGAAGAUGAAGAUUUUGAUCACUUUGAAGGAUGCUGUAGAAGGGCAUGCAAGAAACAAGGAGAAAUUGGCCGAAUCUCAAGGAUGGGAUCAUAUUAUUUCAUGCUUAGAAAGUGACUCUAACAUUUCAAAGGAAGCAGUUGAUUUGCUAUAUGAGUUGCUUCAAGACAGGUCUGGUUGGAAUCAAUGUUUUUGCAAAAAACUUUCUGAGAACCAUAAUGCAGUUCUUUUCCUUGUAACCCUUGUAAAGGACCCUGAUAACAAUUCAGCCGAGGUUGCGCAGAAGAUUUUGAUGGAGCUUUUUGAAAUAAAUGAAAACAGUAUUAUCACCGCUGCUAAUUGUGGCUGGUAUAAGCCACUAGCUGAUCGCAUGGUUCAAGGACCGGAUUCAAGAAUAUCAAUGGCAAAAGCCAUAGUUAAUUUGGAGUUGGAUGAUUUAAACUUGAUACAACUUGGCAAGGAAGGAGUUAUAGCUCCUUUGAUAGAAAUGUUGUCUGGAAGUAGACGUGGGAUUAGCAAUGCAUCAACCAUUAUCGAAUCGAAAGACCUGUCAUUAUCAGCUCUUGUUAAAUUAGCUGGAUCUCAUGCCAACAAGGGAAUUAUUGCUUCCUCUGGCGGUGUUCCACUUAUUUUAGAUUUAAUGUUCUCUCCUCGAACAAGGUCAUUCAUUACAAUUAAAUGCUCUGAAAUCCUCGAGAAACUUUCUUCUUCGGAUGAUGGAAUUGAUUUCUUUGUUGACGGCGAAGGGAAACAGCUUGAGUUAGAUUCAAUCAUCACCAAUUUGCUAGUUUUGCAACAGAGUUCCAACUCAGGUCACAACCUUCGUAAGCCCACGCUACGUGCUCUUCUUGGCAUCUGCAAGUUUGAGACUAGUUUGGUGAAAAAAGCAAUUCUUACAGCCAAUGGUGUAUCUCUAAUUCUUCCACUUCUUGAUGAUUCUGACUCAGAAAUUCGAGAGACUGCGAUAAAUCUGCUCUUUCUUUUCUCUCAGCAUGAACCAGAAGGAGUAGUCGAAUACCUCUUCAAGCCUAGAAGGCUAGAGGCUUUGAUAGGAUUCCUCGAGAACGACGACAAUGAUAAUGUACAAAUGGCUGCUGCUGGUUUACUAGCUAACCUACCGAAAUCAGAACGAGAACUAACUAACAAGUUGAUUGAAAUGGGAGGACUUGAUGCAAUCUUAAGCAUUUUAAAAACUGGUAAAAUGGAAGCAAAAGAAAAUGCUCUCAGUGCACUCUUCAGAUUCACAGAUCCAACAAAUAUCGAGUCACAGCGUGAUUUGGUUAAACGCGGAAUAUAUCCUUUACUUGUAGACUUUCUCAAUACAGGCUCAGUCACUGCAAAGGCAAUAGCAGCAGCUUUCAUUGGCGAUCUUUCUAUGAGCACACCAAAGCUCACAGUUGUUUCCAAACCAAACGGUUGCUGGUUUUUCAGAUCAUCACGCGUUCCUUUAUGCGCAGCGCACGAUAGUGUAUGCAGUGUGACCACAACAUUUUGUCUGUUGGAAGCAAAUGCAUUACCUGGCUUGAUAAAACUGUUACAUGGAGAGGUUCAUGCAACUGCUUAUGAAGCAAUACAAACACUUUCUACAUUGGUUUUGGAAGAGUUUCCACACAGGGGUGCUCGUUUGUUGCACGAGUCGAAUGCAAUGAGACCUUUACUGGAGAUUUUGAAUUGGGGAAGUGAGUCCCUUAAGGCAGAAGCUUUAGGACUUUUGGAGAAGGUUUUUGUGUCAAAGGAAAUGGUGGAAUACUAUGGAAUGGCGGCUAGAUCGCGUCUAGUUCAUUUGACUGGAACAAAUAUAUAUGGAGAUGGUCAUCUUAGAAGGAAAGCUGCUAAGGUUUUAUCAUUGCUUGAACGUUAUUCUAAGUCCUCAUCAUCUGCAAUCUCCGGAGUUUUGGAGUGAAACUCUAUGCCUUAAAGUAGGAAUAAAUUUGCUUCAACCAUAGUUUGAUUUUCAUAUUUUGAUUUAUUUGGCAAACCUAUAUAGAUACAGGCCACUCCAAUGCACGAGCGUUAAAACUCUUGAAGAUCUUUGGUGACAUGUUUUUUUUUGUUUUACAAUGACCUGAGAAUCGAACCCAGAAUCUAUAGCAUACUACUCAAACCCCUCACCACUAGACCAAACCUAGUGACUUUCUUUAGUGACAUGUUUUACUAUGGCCUUUCUACAUAAUUCUUGAAGAUAUUUGUAAAUUACUUUUUUAGAUUCCAACCUUGUAAUUCGGAGAUUCUUUGGUUUUGGACCUUCAUGACAUCUCACUAUACAAACUAGUUCAUGUGGCAUGCUGAUUCAAUAUUUUAAAUUGGAAAAUUCCAAAGUUGGAAUGCACCAUAGAAGCUCCCUUUUAAAUUAUGUGGCAUUUGCAAAAAUUUCAAAGUCAAUUACAAAAAUAAUCAAACGGCACUUACUUCCCCAAUUCCAAAUGAGAUUUAAGAUUGAUUAUUUGUAAGCAUAUGAAUCUUU